AUGGACAUUCGCAAAAUGGGCCUACCGCAGAGCGCCGGCUUUAUUAAGAGUGUCUACUACGAACUCGAAAAUGGAACCUUCUCUGAGUGCUUUGACUAUGACCAUGGUGGAAAGGAAUACCAAUGCCCGUCAAGUAUAAUCAGUGAUCUUUUAUUCGCCGAGUACGAAUUUCGGGCGAUUACUCAACUCAAAGAGGGCUACAUGGAAUUAAAGUCAACCAAAAACAUGGAGCUCCCCAGCUUGGAAAACAUUGACGUUGAGGAUGUUUUACGCGAAGCAAAUCUCUCUGUGAAAGUACUUGCCCUACCUUCGACUCCGAGACAGAUCUACAUGACUAUCCGAAAGGAUAAAAAGUGGUAUCUCCGGACCACACUUAAGAGCCAAUGUGCCGAGACUGGUGGCUGCUGUGGUCAGGAAUGCAACUACUGUGAAAAGCGACUAAAUACGUUGCUACACUCGGAUAUGAACGGACAUUGCUUGCGGGCCUGUCCUUGCUGUAUGAAAGGAAAGAGGUUCUAUCCGAAAGCCAACGAGGAGGCCAUUAUUGGAAAACAGUAUAAGGAUGCCCUGGAGAGUGACCAUCCGGCCUUUCUCAUGUAUAUGGCGGAUGCCUACUUUUCAAAGCUACAUGAAAGGCUAACACCAAAUGACGAACCUCCUACCUCCAAUCCCCCACCAUACUCGGCAACACGUUCUCAAAGACCCAAAUGGUCCUCUACUAGUAGCCUUCAAAGGCAUAAGUCAAACAAAUAA